AUGGUGAUUGUGCAAUCGAAUGUGAUCAGUUCGAACGGUGGUGGUCAGCUCGCGGUCGAUUGGGACAUCAACGACCCCAGUGUACCGACCGUCACCGAGGCGGACUUCGACGAUUACGGCGAGUGGAGUGACGGGCACUGCCGGUUCAUCUACCGGGCGUCGAGUGAGGAGGCGAAGCGCCACGCUUCGGGCUGGGCCAUGCGCAACACCAACAACCACAACGUGAACAUCCUGAAGAAAAGCUGCCUCGGAGUAUUGGUCUGCACGGCCGGAUGCGUGCUACCGAACGGGGACAGGAUCCACCUGCGGCCAGCGAUCUGCGACAAGGCGAGGCGCAAGCAGCAGGGCAAAGCGUGUCCCAACAGACUCUGCAUUGGAGGAAUUCUGGAGAUUCAACCGUGCCGAGGACACUGCGGUUACCCUGUGACCCACUUCUGGCGCCACACGCCCCAUGCCGUGUUUUUCCAAGCCAAAGGCGUUCACGACCAUCCCCGACCGGAGGCGAAAUCAUCCGGUGAGACACGACGCGUCUUGGGCCUAGGCCGCCGGGAGCGGGUCCUGAGGACGGUGCAGUCCAAGAUGAGCAAGAUUAAUGGAAUCAAACAGUCAAAGAAAUCGGUCAAACAGAUGUAUCCGCUGGCCAAGAUGGGCCCGUACAUUCCCAGCUCGCCCACGAAGCCCACAAAGUCCGUCGAUGCGUCGUUCGAGGAGUCGGGAUAUCAUAUGGACUAUCUGGCCGGGUCACUGGAACCUACAGUCGCGUGUACCUACAACUCACCGAUUCACCCGCCAGUGGCUCAUCCUCAAACAUCGCAGCAUCUCCCACCGCAACAGCCGUUGAUGAGCUCCCAGAAUCAGGACUUUGGCCAGAACUGUCUGUACGACAACACGAACUUUAUCCACCCGGAAGAGAUCUUCCAGUUGGACCAACCGCUGCGACCAAUGCCGGGGACCUACAAGUUCCAACAGAACCAAUCGGCCGUGGGGCACCAUCACCUUGGCAGCCCACCAACGACAACUAUGUUCGAUCUGGACACUGCCGAUGCUGGGGCGCUGUACGCUAAAAGUGGCCAGCAAUACUCACCGUACCGAACCGAGUACAGUAGUGGCGGCGGCGGCUACGGAGGACGAUACUUCGACUCGGUCAAGUACGAAAGCAGCACCGAUACCGAUACGGCCAGCCUCACCAGCAACAGCGGAUGCUCGAGCAUUCUGGACGACAUUGCGUACUACGCAAGUCCGCAAGUCGAUUACCAGAAUAACAACAACUCGCUGGCCCAACUGGACAUGAACAAGAUCGGUCUGCGUGCGUGCGACAGCGUUAAUUCGUUCUUUAUUGGCCAAUCAAGUUGCGUGUCACCGACGGCGGCGACGCACAAGACGCAGCAUCCCGAUCCCAAGUCGCAGGCCACUCAAUUGGACCCGUACACGGUUGGGGCCGUCGGUUACGAAAACUACAGUGCGUCAUCCUCACCGAGUGCGUCGCAGCUGUACGGUGCGUACGACCCAUCGCUGGCCACCGCAUCGAAUCCUGCGGAAAGUAUGCUGCCCACCCCUCAGAUGCCGACGUUCCCGACGAACUCCUGCGAUCUGGGUCCGCAGGGUAACGGUGGAACUGGGGCAUCUAGUAUGGCUCCGGACACUACCGACUCUUGCUCGUGGUGGAACAAUAGUUUUUUCCACUCGUCCACAAUGACGACCACGGCACCGACCGGGGCAGGUUGGAACCCGGGGUACGAUGAGAGUGCGAAUCCCGUCGGCAACCAGCACGGGCAGUACUACGCGCUGGAGCACUGUGAAUAUCUGAGCUAG